CCUUUUCCUUCCCAAAGCCCCAGUAGAUAGUUGUAUGUCAUAGUUACACAUCCUUCUAGUUGCUGUAUGUGGGACGCGGCCUCAGCAUGGCCGGACAAGCAGUGCGUCGGUGCGCGCCCGGGAUCUGAACCCGGGCCACCAGUAGCAGAGUGCUGCACUUAACCAGGCCAGCCCCCUCCCCUGGGUCCUUUGAUCCCUGAGUCAGAUGUCAGACCCUCUCCAUUUCCGCGUGCGACCCUCAGCCUGACCCAAGACUGGGGCCAAGAGAGUCUGGGGGUCUUAUCAGGACUGAGUUUCUUUUCAGAGAGGCUUGUGUAUGCCUUGGUUUGUGCCAUGUCCCAGGAACAGACACCUAAACCUAACCUGCCCCAUGUUGGUGGCAAAACAAAAUCCCAACGAGGGGGAAAGCCUUGCUCUCGCCCUCAGUCUAACUAGUCCAACUCCAAACUGGAACCCAGGCCUCCUCCCGAAUUCCAGCUUCCUUUUUCUUUUCUUUUCCGUCAGCUUCAGGCAGGGGAGCCAAAGUCCUUUAGAGGCCAGGGCUUUGUGGAUCAUGGUGUCUGGAUAGGGGAAGCCCCCUCCUACCCCUUACUCCUGGCGCAGCCUGACGGUGUAACCAAGGAGAGCGCCGGUGCUUCCCAAAGCGGGAAAUCUGUGCUCCCCUGAGGAUUCUCUUGUACCCUCAAACACCCCAUUGAUGGGGGUCAGAGGCCGUUGUCCCCCACCCUCCCAAGUGUCCCCUCUCUGCUCAAAGGGCAGAGGCUGUGACCGGGCUCCUGGGCACAGGAUGGGCCGUGACCUGGCCCAGCUCCUGAUGCUCCCGGUCUCUGUGCCCAACAGCCACCCGCCUGCCCCUGCCAUGGAGACCUUCUUUAGGAGACACUUCCAGAGGAAGGCGCCAGGCCCUGGAGAGGGGCAGCGGCGGCCCAGCGGCGUGGGGCUGCCCACGGGCAAGGCCCGGCGCCGCUCCCCUGCCGGGCAGGCCUCCUCCUCGCUGGCACAGCGGCGCCGCUCCAGCGCACAGCUCCAGGGCUGCCUCCUGGGCUGCGGGAUGGGGUCCCGGGGCACCAGGCGCCGGCGCUCCAGCACCACACCCCCCGCCUGCAACCCCCGCUUCAUCGUGGAUGAGGUGCCCACCCCACAGCCUGCCACUGUCAGGGCCCAGCUUCUGGGCACACCUCUGCUGUUGGCCAGGCUCAUGGGCAUGAAUGAGGAGGAGGAGGAGGGGGAGAGUGUCCAGGAGGAGGAUGUGACAGUUGCAGCGUUGAGUGUGGCCCAGCCAGGCACCGAGAGACCAGGGCCACCCGCACACCAGGGCGCCCAUCCCCUGCUGCCCGUGCCCCGCUGCCUGCGCCGGCGCCGUGCCUCCUCCCACCUGCUCCCUGCUGACAUGGUGUACGACUCUGCCCUCUGGGGCCUGCACGGUUACUACCGGCGCCUCAGCCAGCAGCGGCCUUUGGGCCAGCACCCUGGCCCUGGGGGCCGAAGAGCCUCAGGCACCCCAGCCAGCCCCGCGAUGCCCGCCCGUGUGCGCCCGCUUUCCCGCAGGCGCCAGGUAGCCCUACGGCGCAAGUCAGCCGGACCCCAGGCCUGGAGCACUCUGCUUGCGAAAGCCAUCACCAAGUCGGGCCUUCAGCACCUGGCACCCCCUCCUCCCACUCCCGGGGCCCCGUGCAGCGAGCCAGAGCGGCAGAUCCGGAGCACUGUGGACUGGAGCGAGUCAGCGACAUAUGGGGAGCACAUCUGGUUCGAGACCAACGUGUCGGGGGACUUCUGCUAUGUUGGGGAGCAGUACUGUGUAGCUAAGAUGCUGCAGAAGUCGGUGUCCCGGAGAAAGUGUGCAGCUUGCAAGAUCGUGGUGCACACCCCCUGCAUUGCACAGCUGGAGAAGAUCAAUUUCCGCUGUAAGCCGUCCUUCCGUGAAUCAGGCUCCAGGAAUGUCCGGGAGCCAACCUUCGUGCGGCACCACUGGGUGCACAGGCGACGCCAGGAUGGCAAGUGUCGGCACUGUGGGAAGGGCUUCCAGCAGAAGUUCGCCUUCCACAGCAAGGAGAUUGUGGCCAUCAGUUGCUCCUGGUGCAAGCAAGCAUACCACAGCAAGGUGUCCUGCUUCAUGCUGCAGCAGAUCGAGGAGCCGUGCUCCCUGGGCGUCCACGCUGCUGUGGUCAUCCCGCCCACCUGGAUCCUCCGGGCCCGCAGGCCCCAGAAUACCCUCAAGGCAAGCAAGAAGAAAAAGAGAGCGUCCUUCAAGAGGAAAUCCAGCAAGAAAGGGCCCGAGGAGGGCCGCUGGAGACCCUUCAUCAUCAGGCCCACCCCGUCCCCCCUCAUGAAGCCCCUGCUGGUGUUUGUGAACCCCAAGAGUGGGGGCAACCAGGGCGCUAAGAUCAUCCAGUCUUUCCUCUGGUAUCUCAAUCCCCGACAAGUCUUUGACCUGAGCCAGGGAGGGCCCAGGGAGGCGCUGGAGAUGUACCGCAAGGUCCACAACCUGCGGAUCCUGGCGUGCGGGGGCGACGGCACGGUCGGCUGGAUCCUCUCCACCCUGGACCAGCUGCGCCUAAAACCGCCACCGCCUGUUGCCAUCCUGCCUCUGGGCACUGGCAACGACCUGGCCCGUACCCUCAACUGGGGCGGGGGCUACACAGACGAGCCAGUGUCCAAGAUCCUCUCCCAUGUAGAGGAGGGCAACGUGGUGCAACUGGACCGCUGGGACCUCCAUGCCGAGCCCAACCCCGAGGCGGGGCCUGAGGAGCGUGACGAGGGCGCCACCGACCGGCUGCCCCUGGACGUUUUCAACAACUACUUCAGCCUGGGCUUUGACGCCCACGUCACCCUGGAGUUUCACGAGUCUCGAGAGGCCAACCCAGAGAAAUUCAACAGCCGCUUUCGGAACAAGAUGUUCUAUGCCGGGACAGCCUUCUCCGACUUCCUGAUGGGCAGCUCCAAGGACUUGGCCAAGCACAUCCGGGUGGUGUGUGACGGAACUGACCUGACCCCUAAGAUUCAGGACCUGAAACCCCAGUGCAUUGUUUUCCUGAACAUCCCCAGGUACUGUGCGGGCACCAUGCCCUGGGGCCACCCUGGGGAGCACCACGACUUCGAGCCGCAGCGGCACGAUGAUGGCUACCUCGAGGUCAUUGGCUUCACCAUGACGUCCCUGGCAGCGCUGCAGGUGGGCGGGCACGGUGAGCGGCUGACGCAGUGCCGUGAGGUGCUGCUCACCACGUCCAAGGCCAUCCCGGUGCAGGUGGACGGCGAGCCCUGCAAACUCGCAGCCUCACGCAUCCACAUCGCCCUGCGCAACCAGGCCACCAUGGUGCAGAAGGCCAAGCGGCGGAGCGCCGCGCCCCUGCAUAGCGACCAGCAGCCGGUGCCUGAGCAGCUGCAGAUCCAGGUGAGCAGAGUCAGCAUGCACGACUACGAGGCCCUGCAUUACGACAAGGAGCAGCUCAAGGAGGCCUCUGUGCCACUGGGCACUGUGGUCGUCCCAGGAGACAGCGACCUGGAGCUUUGCCGCGCGCACAUCGAGAGGCUCCAGCAGGAGCCCGAAGGUGCUGGAGCCAAAUCCCCGACGGGCCAGAAACUGUCCCCUAAGUGGUGCUUCCUCGACGCCACCACUGCCAGCCGCUUCUACAGGAUCGACCGGGCCCAGGAACACCUCAACUACGUGACCGAGAUCGCACAGGACGAGAUUUACAUCCUGGACCCAGAGCUGCUGGGGGCAUCAGCCCGGCCUGACCUCCCAACACCCACUUCCCCUCUCCCCACCUCACCCUGCUCACCCACGCCCCGGUCACUGCCAGGGGAUGCUGCACCCCCUAAAGGUGAAGAGCUGAUUGAGGCCACCAAGAGGAACGACUUCUGUAAGCUCCAGGAGCUGCACCGAGCCGGGGGCGACCUCAUGCACCGGGACGAGCGGAGCCGCACACUCCUGCACCACGCGGUCAGCACGGGCAGCAAGGAAGUGGUCCGCUACCUGCUGGACCACGCACCCCCAGAAAUCCUUGAUGCUGUGGAGGAAAAUGGGGAGACCUGUCUGCACCAGGCGGCAGCUCUGGGCCAGCGCACCAUCUGCCACUACAUCGUGGAGGCCGGGGCCUCUCUCAUGAAGACAGACCAGCAGGGCGACACUCCCAGGCAGCGGGCUGAGAAGGCUCAGGACACCGAGCUGGCCGCCUACCUGGAGAACCGGCAGCACUACCAGAUGAUCCAGCGGGAGGACCAGGAGACGGCUGUGUAGCUGUGGGCCUGCACCAGGGCAGCAGGAGGGAUGGCCCGCCAGAGGCUGAGUCCCUCCCCGCCCACCUCACUGCCACAUUCCAGUCGGACUGCCCCGGGGGGACCCAUGCCCCAGGGAAGGAGCCCCGGGCUGCCCCCUGAGGAGCCGCCCAGACCUAGGGCUGGACUUGGAGGAGCUAAGGGGUCUCACCUGUCCCCCUGAGGCCCCUGCCUGACCAGGAGGCUCACAGGGGAACAGGAAACUGGACUGGGCUGGGCAGGCCUUUGGGGGCUGGGGCUGGCCACUUCAGGGCAGCCCCUCCCUCACUGCAGCGGGUGCCCUCUCUGGAGUUUGGGGGUGGGGGGCAGAGGGGCUUGAGGCACUAUUGGGGAGCCUGCAGGAAGAGGCUUCCUAUGCCCCCUGGGCCUUCAGGGCCCCUCUGAGUCAGGACUGGGGAGGCUGGCCCCGCUCCUGCCCUGACCCCACCCUCCCCAGGGCUUACUCCCGGAAACACGAGCCUGCUGCAUUUGCCUGCCCACUGCCCUGCUUGGCACCUACCCCGUGACCCUCCCCACGUACCCAGUCAUUUGAACGCCGACUGUGUGGCUUGGGGGUUGGGGUGGGGCUCUCACGGUGACAUGUUUACAGCUGGGUGUGACUCAGUAAAGUGGAUUUUUUUCCUU